UGCAAAAAAUUGACCAUUUAGCAACGUCGCUCCAUCUGGUUUAACCUCAUUGGUUCGGCCUGAAAUGUCAUAAUUCUUGAAAAAUUGCGAAUUUGUCCAACUUCCGCCACUUCUCGGGCGUUUUUCCCAAAAACGAAUUUUUCAACUCCUAAAUUUUUAUUAACAAACUACAAGAAAUUCACAAGUCGUGUGUGGUAUUUUAAUCAUCUUGAAGAAAAUACGCCGCCAUGUUGAAUUUCUACGGUGAAAAUGAUAAAGUGUAGUGUCAUCAUUUAGGACACGAAAACAAUUUAAUUUAUCUUUAAUAAAUUUGCAGUGACCCCGUAAAUAGUUUGUAAAACUCUCAGAUUUUAUUGUGUGUAAAAACACACUUGUAGUUUUUUUUUAAACGGAGACGUAUUUUUGGUUGUGCAGUUGUCAAAAAUAGAUGAGACGGGGGUCGCACGAUAUGCAAGUCAAUGUGGCUGGAAUCCGCCGCAAUUUGAAAAAUCUCGCUCACAAUUACUCCGAUGCUCAGAAGAAAGUCCGCGAAGCGACUUCGAAUGACCCAUGGGGACCCAGCAGUACCAUAAUGGCGGAAAUCGCCGAUUUGACAUACAACGUGGUGGCCUUUAGCGAAAUAAUGCAAAUGGUUUGGAAACGAUUAAACGACCACGGAAGAAACUGGAGACAUGUAUACAAAGCUUUAGUUCUUUUGGAGUAUUUAAUAAAGACAGGAUCGGAAAAAGUCGGACAGCAAUGCAAGGAGAACAUUUUUGCCAUACAGACCUUAAAGGAUUUUCAGCAUUUAGAAGAGGGAAAGGACCAAGGACAAAARGUUAGAGAGAAAGCGAAACAAUUGGUGAAUUUAUUGAAGGACGACGAAAGACUGAAAAAUGAAAGGGCGAGGGCUCUCAAGGCCAAAGAGCGCUUCGCACAGAGUGCCAGUGGAUUUGGAAGUGACGGAGGAUUGGACACUCCAUGUAGCCCCAAAUAUCCGGCUUUUCGGGGCGAUUGGGGCACCAAUCGAGACUUAGAACUGCCACGAGAGAUAGAAAAUGCAAGACCUCAAACAGCCGGCGAAGAAGAAUUGCAAUUGCAGUUGGCCUUGGCCAUGUCGAGGGAAGAAGCCGAACAAGAAGAACAAAAAAGAAAGUCGGACGAUGUUAGAUUACAGUUGGCGUUGAGUCAGAGCCAACAAGAUUUCAAAGCAAACGAGGAGAAGAAACAUCAUAGUCACAUGGUGGACCUCUUGGAUGUUAAUUUGGGGGAAAAUGAGGCUCCAGUUGACCCCUGGGGUAUGCCACAGCCACCUCGGAGUCAGCAAUCGUCGCCUUGGCAGCCGCCUGCCCUUUCCUCCCCGCCGAGCAGCACCCCAGCGUCGGCCGACCCUUGGCAGCCGGUGCCGGCGAUGCCCCCUAAACCGGACCCUUGGGGCGGCGCCAUGAGCGCCCCCUCGGUGCCCCAGCCCCAAACCAAGAACGACCCUUGGUCGCCCACCAGUCAGGGCUCCUCUGACCUCGACGAGUUCGACGUAAUCACAAAUCGUAAUCGAAGCUCGCCGAAAUCGACGACAACGAACGGUACUCAUUCGAACGAUCCGUUCGAGUUGAAUCUUCUCGGUGAGGCUUUGCCCCCGACAGCGCUCAGUCCGUCAACGGGGGCGACGAAGAAGACACCGCAGAGUUUCCUCGGCGAAAAUUCAGCUUUAGUCAAUUUGGAUAAUUUGGUGACGACUAGUAAGCCGGCGAAUGCGCCAGCGGCUAAUCCUUUUUCGGAGAGUCAGCCCCAGCGCCCCGUUUUUAAUACACCGGCCCCCAAACCGACGAUAAACGAUUUGAAACAGGCGAGUUUUGCGCAGUUUACGGCGCCGAGUACGGCCUAUGGGGGUUUCGGGGGACAAGGGUUUGGGGCCGCGCAGCCGGUGCAAGAUCCGUGGACGCCGGCGCCUAGUAGUAACAUGGGGGCGCCGUGGAUGAAGAGCGAACAAGCAAAUCCGUUUUUGUCUUAACGUUGUUUGGGUAAAUGGCACGAAAUUUCUCUUCAUACACCAAUUGUUUUUAGAUUUUUGAGAAUGUGCAGCGACACGUGUAGCUUUUUUACGUUGGUCUAAAGAAAUUUUAUUAGGUUUUUCGCGGAAAUGUGAUGGAUUUAUUGCUCAUUUUUGAAACGGUUUUUCAUUGUUAUACAAAGUACAUAUCUAUAUUUUGAUUAAAUAAAAUUUGAGAUUUUAUAACUUGCUUGCUUCAAGCUUACUUUAAAGAGAUCCGUCACUUGGAAUAGACUGAUAAAUGUACAGUUUUGUAUGUCAGUGUUUUGGUUUGGUAAAACUGCCUCAAUUUUAUCCAUUUACCAAGUCUUUAUUUAUUCAAUGCCUAUAACAGUAAUUUUUAAUUUUAGUGUAUAUUUUUUAAGUUUGUAACCAGUAUUUUUCUGUCAGUUUACAUGUUAUGUAUAGAAGAAAUUAAUUUUACGUAAUAUAUUUCUAUAUAUUGUAUUUAACUUGAUAUAUUUGUAUAUAUUUCAAAUUAUUUACCGUUCAUGUUGAGUUAUGCAAUAAUAUAUUAUUUUUAAAAAUACUUUUAACAAACAUGUACAUAUUAACUAAUUUUUUAGGAUAGGUUUUGUAAUAUAUAAGAAGGAAAUAGGAGCGUUUAUGAAGGGUUUAAUGGAAAUUUAUGUAUCGUGAUAGCUAUUUUCACUUACAUUCAUAAAAGAAAUAAACUAAA